UGGUAGAUUGCUCAAAAAACCCACAAAAAAAAAAUAAUUUGCUGAUUUUCGGAAAUUUCGAAAAAUAUUGGAAUAUUUGUGUAAAUGUUCUAUUUACAAGAUGAUUGAGGAAGAUAAUAAAACUCUCUGGUGUGGCAACUUGCCUGAACAAGCGACGGAAGAAAUCUUAUAUGAAUUGUUUUUGCAGGCUGGACCAUUAGAGAAAGUGAGAAUAGCUAGAGACAGGGACGGUAGACAGAAGAACUUUGCGUUCAUAACCUACUGCCACGAAGUGUCGGUACCCUACGCCAUAAACUUGUUCCGAGGAACGGCGUUAUUUCAUAAAACAUUGAGUUUACAAUCGCGGGGGCGCAUGGGACUAUUGCCACCGCCUAUACGAUGCACUGGGCCUGAACCAAUGUUAGAAUUCCAACCAAACAUACAUCAGCAGUUUGCAGAUAUGGCAGAUAAAUUACAAGGCGAGGAUCUGAGACCAGUGCACACUCCUAGAGGCAUGGAGAAUGAUAAAUUAGUAAUGGCCAGUCUACAAGGUAACUGGUCACACAGACAUCAUCCUUACAGAGGUAAAGACAAGAUGCAUCAUGACUUCCGGCCUAGAGACCACCAUAAUGAGUAUAAAGGCAGAGACAACCGCAACCAGUCCGGUUGGAGAGACAGACGAAACCAUAAGAAAGGUAAUUAUCAUAGAAGAGACUGAUAUUUGGCCACCAUUUCUUGAAAUGAUAUCUUUUAAAGACUUGAGGAAAUUGCAUUUCUAUCAAUAUGAACUAAAACUUUUAAACGAUUUUGUACAGACAUAUAAAGAAAUAUUGUCACAUGCAUAUUUAUAUGCGGUGUUAAUAGUGCAAAAACCAUUUUAAUAUAAUAUAACUUUAAUUAAACUGUGUAAGACAUAUUUUUA